CAAUCACACUCUCUGGAUAAGAGAGAAAUCUAAACUUUACAAUCCUAUUGGUUCCUCCCUCUCUCAUCAGUCUUCAUUUCUGUAUACCCUUUUGCCAACAAACUCAACCAUUGAACCCAAUCUCAAUCCUUGUGAGCUCACCAGAAACCAAUGGCAGCAACCAUGGCAGCAAUGGCCGUUCUCAAUGCCAAGUGCUUGACCUUCAGCUCUCCCAAAACUCUCAACCCUUCAAGGCCACCCACAAAACCCAUUUCUCUCCUCUCCAUGCAAAGCCUCCCAAAAGGCCUCACCAACGGAAAACCAUCCCACAACUCAGAAUUCUUAACAUCACCACUCGCCGGAACAGCCCUCGCCGGAGCUUUUUUCUCAGCCCUGAGUUCUUGCAAUCCGGCCUUUGCAGCCCAACAAAUUGCUGAAAUAGCAGAAGGCGAUAGCCGCGGUCUUGCUCUACUACUACCCAUCAUUCCGGCCAUUGCCUGGGUGCUUUUCAAUAUUCUCCAACCAGCUCUUAAUCAGAUUAACAAGAUGAGAAGCAGCCAAGGGGUCAUCAUUGGGCUUGGCCUUGGUGGCUUGGCUACAUUAGGGUUCAUGUCUACUCCUCAUGCCUCAGCCAGUGAAGUGACCAUGAUAGCUGAAGCUUCAAGUGACAGCAGAGGACAGCUUCUACUGUUUGUGAUUGUCCCUGCUAUUCUUUGGGUGCUAUACAAUAUUCUACAACCAGGUUUGAACCAGAUCAACAAAAUGAAAUCAGAGUGAUGCAACCCGUUUUGUGUAGAGUUUGUCGAGGGUUGGAUAAGGGAUCGAUCGAAUUGAGUCUGUCGAGGUUGAGUAUUCUCAACUUUGGUUAUUGGGAUGUUCGAACUUUGACCAUACUUUGGAGUGGCUGUAACUACACCUUGUGUUAAUGUUAAUGAAUAAUUUUGGGGUUACUUGCGAUUUCUGUUGGAUUACUUUUAUGAAUAGUUAUAAAUCAAAGCCCAAGGUGAUUUAUUAUGAACUACUUUUAUGGUUUAUCUUUUUUUUUUUUUUUUUU